GCUGUCGGAUUCAGAAUAGCGUCUCACCCUCACGGGACCGAACAGGACUGUGUUGACUCCCGGCAGGACUAAAAAUGAAGACAAUGCUAACGUCUUAAUCUAAACGCUCUUCAAACAGCCUAUCAGUGUGUGAAGCCAGUGUGCACCUGCAACAUUCACUACAGCCACACACAGUCACUGUUACAAUGGAGACGGUUCAUAUUUAGAAACUAGUGUCCUCCUUCCUCUUUCUUUCACUAUGGGCACUGCUCCCAGCAGGUGUGUCGGUGGCAUUGACAGUGGGAGUGGCCAGGCGGAGGACGGUCGGCCUAUCGUAGAGAAGGAUGACACCAAGAGGCGGAGCUCCGGCAGGAGACACAGUUCAGGAGAGACGGUGCACUGUCCCACCUGCCAGGGGACUGGACGUAUACCCAGAGGUGAGGAGAGUAAGCUGGUGGCUGUGAUCCCCUGCACUGAUCAGAGGCUGAAACCCAGACACACGAAGUCGUACGUCGCUGUGUCUGUCGCCGUGUGCCUAUUGGUCAGCUCCCUGGUGUUGUUCUUCCUGUUCCCCCGCUCCAUCCUUCUGUCUCCCGUGGCGGUCCAGUCAUCCUUCGUUUACUUCACUGAAGACGGCAUCUUAAUAAACAUCACGAAUGUCUUGAACAUCACCAACAACAACUUUGGAGGGAUGCAGGCCUACAACCUGAGCGUGCAGGCCCUCAACUUUGACACAGUGGUGGGAUCCGUCUCCAUCAAGAACGUCACAUACGUCAAACCUCUGUCAAUCAAAAUGUACUCCUUUGUGAUUCCCGUCAAGGUGACAGAUUCUGAGCUGAGUGAUUACUGUAAGAAGGAGUCAUUGCCUGUCCACAUUCUGUACCUUCACCUACAGAUGUCCAUGACAGUUUACUACCUGGCCCACUAUGAGCAGCUCUCUCUGGACACAUACGAGUACAUCGACUGUGGAGCAAACAGCACCAUACCACACAGUGUGCUACCUCCACCUCCCUGAUGGAUGGAUGGAUGGAUGGAGGAACAGAUGAACAGAGACACUGUUUAUGAAGUGGAAUAGUUGGAGGUGUAAUGUGUUUUUUUGUUUUCUUUUUCAUGAACUGUGUUGCCAAAAUGUUGGAUAAAACCUGGUGAUACCUAUGAAGGUUUCUAUUAAUGUUCCUCCUGGAUUAAUGGAUGGAUGGAUAAGGAGGCAGUCACUUCCACCUUCCUGUGUCUGAAGGAAGAAAGUGUAGAUAUCACUCUCAUCCUCUCCACCUUGAUGGUUGUCCAACAGAUCACGUUGGACACUGUCCAGUAGAUGUUGAGAAGGAGCCAGCACCUUGUUGUAAACAGUGAAGAUACACUGACAGUCUUAACGCUGGUGCAGUGAUGCUACCUGUAUCAGUGAGGACCUGAUUAUACUCUGAUUUAAGAUCACAUGAUGUUACAAAAAGUCCAGGCAGUCAUUUGACCAUGUUCUGAUAUUUUGUGUUGGUGUAGAUUUUGACCACUGUGUAAAAAAUACUGUUCAAUACAUUCAAAUGCAUCUAAUUUUA